GUCUUUCUACUUCUCGGCCUGCCCGCCUCGUGCCGCUGACAUGCCAACCCUCUGCGCUUCGCCCUUCAUUUAGAGGCAAUAGCACCCCAGGUCCAUAAACUUGCACCGAAUGUGAUGUUUUAGUUCAAAACUUGCAAAAUGUGACUGAGGACUCCACAAACUUGACACCCUAUAUGGUGUUUUGGUCCACAGCCACUCACAGCGUGCCAUGUGGCAGUCCAGAGGGUGGACCGGUCAGCUCUGGCAAUUUUGCACAAAGGCCCCUGCCGUUCACUCUAUUCAACCCGCAGUUCUUACAGUUGUUGGCCCCGUUCCACACCCCACCUACCGUUGCUGUUCUGUUCCCCCACCCUACACCUACUGUUGUUGUCCCCCUUUCGCCUCCCUGUUCCCCAUUCCCCAUCCUCUCGCUCUCCCUCUUCCUCUCGCUCUCCCUCUUCCUCUCGCUCUCCCUCUUCCUCUCGCUCUCCCUCUCCCUCUGUCGCCGGCAGCCAGGCCCCUCCCCCACCACCUCCUUUGAACCUUGAACAUUUGCAUAGCUCGUGGCCAUGGUUUCCUGGAGCGAUUCUGGCAGUUCGUCCGACGCUGAGUCAGUCAGCAGCGAAGUGCAGUUACCUGCCACCAUCUUGUGCUUGGAAUGGAGCGGCCUGGCCACAGAUCUGAGUUCAAGAUGUGAGCAUGAAUGUGUGUGUCAGAAGCUGGUGGCAUUUGAUUCAGUGGAUAGUGGGAGGAGAUUCUUAGCUUGUGCACAGAAGAACAUACCUAAAUGCAGCUAUCUGGAGUGGGUUGAUCCUGAGUGGCCUGCCCCUUUGAAGAUGAGCCUAGCUAGGAUCUGGGGCAUGUAUGAAGAUGAGAACAAGCUGAGGCUCAAGGACAAUGUGGUUCAUGCUCAAGAGAAUGUUAGGGUUGUGAGAGAGAAGGAAAAGAUGGAAAGAGACUUGAGGUUUUUUAAGGUUGGUUUUGCUCAAAUGGUGGCUGAGAAGGAGCAAGCUCUGGCCCAGCUAGGCAACACACAACUUGCUCUGACUGACAUGAAGGAAGAUCUUGAUAAGAAGAAGAUUUCUGAUAAAUCAUUCACAACCAUUCAUCAAGUUGUCAGGGCCAAGGCAGAGAAAGAGAGGGACCUAAUAAAGCAGGAGAGGGACAACAUCAUGAAAGAGAGGGACAAUCUGGUGCAAGAGAGGGACAACCUGGUGCUGGAGAGGAAUGUGCUGAAGCAAGAGGAGAAGAAGUUAGAGUACAUGAUUGGUGAUCUUUUCAAACAUAAGGAAGACACCAAGGGCAAGAUAAGGAAGCUGAAAGAGAUGCUUGAAGAAUUUGAAUGAUGGUGUAAUGUAAUCAUUAGUACCAGGUCCAGUAUGACCUUGCUUAGUAGCAGGUCAAGUAUGACCUUGCACUUGGAAUUCCAGACUUAUUUGUAUUAAGUAAUUUGACUAAUUUGUGUACUG